UCCGGGACACCUCGUGCCGCUCCGGGGAUCACUUUGGCCCUAACACGCAAUGUUCAUGUACACGUGCACGCCACGGAAUUGACUUGUUGUCUGGCCAAAUCUGCUUGGUGUUUUGCUUCGUUCGGUUUCCAAUCGUUCGGUCAACCGGAGAUCGUGUUCCUGGUCCGACGUCGUCCGGACGAGCAGCUACCCCCGUUGCGUAUUUAUCGAUUCUAUCAGCAAUUGUAUUUGGCUGUGAGUCAGUCUCACUCGGACGACCAGACAAUUGCACCGGGCAUGAUUUCUCUCAGUGAGCGAUUUUUCCCUGUUGUGUUAGUUUUGCUAAUUUUACACUUUUCCCAUCCUCGGGGAUACACGCGUGUAUUUUGCAAUAGGCAAUUCAUAUGA